AUGGCCCGCGGAAAGGCCAAGGAGGAGGGCAGCUGGAAGAAAUUCAUCUGGAACUCGGAGAAGAAGGAGUUUUUGGGCAGGACCGGUGGCAGCUGGUUUAAGAUCCUUCUGUUCUACGUCAUUUUUUAUGGCUGCCUGGCGGGCAUCUUCAUCGGAACCAUCCAAGUGAUGCUGCUCACCAUCAGCGAAUUCAAGCCCACAUAUCAGGACCGAGUGGCCCCACCAGGAUUAACACAGAUUCCUCAGAUCCAAAAGACUGAAAUUGGCUUUCGUCCUAAUGAUCCCAAGAGCUAUAUGACAUAUGUGGAUAACAUAGAUAAUUUCCUGAAGAAGUACCGAGAUUCAGCCCAGAAGGAUGAUAUGAUUUUUGAAGAUUGUGGCAAUGUGCCCAGUGAACUCAAAGAUCGAGGAGAAUUUAACAACGAACAAGGAGAGCGAAAAGUCUGCAGGUUCAAGCUUGAAUGGCUGGGAAAUUGCUCUGGAAUAAAUGAUGAAACUUACGGCUACAAAGAGGGCAAACCAUGUAUCAUUAUAAAGCUCAACCGAGUUCUGGGCUUCAAACCUAAGCCUCCCAAGAAUGAGUCCUUGGAGACUUACCCAGUGAUGAAGUAUAAUCCAUAUGUCCUGCCUGUUCAGUGCACUGGCAAGCGAGACGAAGAUAAGGAAAAAGUUGGAAGCAUAGAGUACUUUGGACUGGGUGGCUACCCUGGCUUCCCUCUGCAGUAUUAUCCCUACUACGGCAAGCUCCUGCAGCCCAAGUACCUGCAGCCUCUCCUGGCCGUGCAGUUCACCAACCUCACCAUGGACACUGAAAUCCGUAUAGAGUGUAAGGCGUAUGGUGAGAACAUUGGGUACAGUGAGAAAGACCGUUUUCAGGGACGCUUUGAUGUAAAAAUUGAAGUUAAGAGCUGA